AUGGGUUGGUUCGACGGCAAUCGUGAUGCUCACCAGCAGAUCUACGGUGACCAGCAACACGAAGCCAAGUUUUCUCACGAGCUCAUUGGCGGAGCGGCGGCAUUUGAAGCCAUGAAAAGUUUUGAAAACUCGCAACGCAGAAAAGGCGAAACUGUCAGCCAUGGCACAGCCAAAGAACUGCUUGCAGCCGUUGCUGGCGCCGAAGUGGACCGCCUGUUCGAGACCAAAGGCUUGGAUGCCUAUGAUCGAGAGGAGGCCAAGCGCCAUGCUAAGCGGCAGGCCGAACAAAUGUACGAUGACCAUUAUGGAGGUCAGGGCGAGUAUGACCCCAACUCGCGUGACCGGCCACCAUUGGACUAUUAG